AUGCCUACUCCCUCCGAACAAGCCCGAGCUCUAACGCCGGCAGCCAUCCACGAAGCCUACGAACUCAUAAAACCAUACGUCCACCUCACCCCGCUCCUCACUUGCAAGACCCUCGACCAGAUCGCCUCGACCCCGCAAACCCCAGAAGCCCUCGUCGGAACCCCAUUCGAAGGCCAGACCCCCGCGAAACCACAAAUCCGCUUCCAUUUCAAAUGCGAGAACCUACAGCGUAUAGGCGCAUUCAAGGCGAGGGGUGCGCACCACGCACUCCUGCGAUUGAUUCAAGAGCAGGGUGAGGAGGAGGUAAAGCGGCGGGGCGUUAUAACGCACAGUUCUGGUAACCAUGCCCAAGCGCUCGCUCUCGCUGCCUCAACACUCAACGUCCCUGCCUACAUCGUCAUGCCGGAGAUAAGCACAGCGUCCAAGAUCGCCGGAACACGCUCGCACGGCGCACAGGUAAUAUUCAGUGGCUCAACGAGUGUAGAGCGUGAAGCUGUCGUCGCAGAAAUCCAAGCCAAGACAAAUGCGUUCCUUAUCCCUCCCUACGACGAUUUCAACGUCAUUUGCGGACAAGGAACUGUUGCCCUAGAAAUGGUGCGGCAAUUCGAUGAGGCGGGCAAGUCUAAGGACAAGAACUUUAGCAAGAAACUCGAUGCUGUGGUCACGCCCGUAGGCGGAGGUGGACUGAACGCCGGUGUUGCGACAUACCUCUCGAAUACAAAGACCUAUGUCUUUGGCGCCGAGCCUAGUUUCCAAGGCGCCGAUGAUUGUCGGCGUGGCCUUCGUGAUGGUGCUCGGGUGGAGAAGGUGUCGACGCUUACCAUUGCAGAUGGAUUGAGAACGCCAGUUGGUGUGUUAAACUGGGAGGUUAUUUCUAAUGCAAACAAGGUCAAAGGUGUGUAUUCUGUAACGGAGGAGCAGAUCAAGGCCGCGUUGAGAUUGGUGCUUGAGCGGAUGAAGGUUUUUGUUGAGCCAAGUGCUGUGGUUGGGUUAGCUGUUUGUCUUUUCAAUGAAGAUUUCAGGAAUUUUGUGGAGCAAGAAGGUAAGGUUGAAGGGUUCGAUAUUGGGAUUGUGUUUAGUGGGGGCAACACGACUGUCGAGGCGAUUGCGAAAUUAUUUAGUUGA